CAUGCAAUGUUUUCUGUGUAAACCUCAACAGCUAGCUAAGGUUAGAGCUCCUGAACUCACAUACAGUUAUUAUUUUUUCUUUUAUAGCCUGAGAGUAGUGUGUCUGUACAUGGGAGGCUUCGUUAACGCAGAGACGCUGUAGCAGGUAAAGUUAACAAAAGACAGUAUGAGUCGUCAAAGUCCUGCAGCCAGUAAUGGCAUUACCCCUCUUCAGCAGAUGGUGGCGUCCUGCUCCGGAGCCAUCGUCACAUCUCUGUUUGUUACUCCUUUGGACGUCGUGAAGAUCAGACUGCAAGCUCAGAAAAAUCCCUUCCCCAAAGGGAAAAGCUUUGUUUACUGCAAUGGACUUAUGGACCACAUAUGCGUGUGUGAAAAUGGAAACACUAAGGCCUGGUACAAAGCCCCCAGUCACUUCAAUGGCACAAUGGAUGCCUUCGUCAAAAUAGUGCGCCAUGAAGGAACAAAGGCCUUAUGGAGCGGUCUACCUCCAACCCUUGUUAUGGCAGUCCCAGCUACCGUGAUCUACUUCACGUGCUACGACCAGCUGUGUUCAGCACUGCGGGUCAGGAUGGGAGACUACUCUCAGGAGGCUCCUCUCCUGGCAGGAGCGGUCGCUAGAGUGGGUUCGGCGACAGUGAUCAGCCCUCUGGAGCUGAUCCGUACGCAGCUGCAGUCUCAGAAACAGUCAUACAGGGAGCUGACUGACUGCAUCCGCUCUGCAGUGCGGUCAGAGGGCUGGCUGUCUCUGUGGAGAGGCUUGGGACCCACGCUCCUGCGAGACGUGCCCUUCUCAGCCAUGUACUGGUACAACUACGAGAAGGGCAAGAGCUGGCUGUGUGAGCGCUCUCACACCAGAGAACCCACCCUUACCAUCACCUUUGUAUCAGGAGCGAUGUCUGGCUCUAUUGCGUCCAUUGUGACUUUACCCUUUGAUGUCGUCAAAACGAGAAGGCAGCUGGAGCUGGGAGAGCUACAAGCAAAGAAUUUGUCAUGUCAGGUCUCCUCCUCCACCUUCAGCGUGAUGAGAAGGAUUGUGGCGCAGAGCGGGUUUAGCGGACUGUUUGCAGGUUUCAUCCCGAGGUUGAUCAAAGUGGCUCCAGCCUGCGCCAUCAUGAUCAGCAGUUAUGAGUUCGGCAAAACCUUUUUCCGCAAACACAACGAGGAGAGGACACUCAGGCCACUGCAGGACACGAACGCUUGAUAUAUUCCCUGUCAUUUCUCUACAAACCAAACAGAACUACUGCUAGAGUUUACCUCUGGAGGGAGGGGAAGUAGAAAUGUAAAUGAACAAAAUUAUGAACUACUUGACCCUUUCUGAGUAAGAAGAUUUCUAUUAAAUUAUUAGAAUGAGUAUUUAUAAUGUAUUAUUCUAUGAUUUGAUGCGAUAGACCCUGUGUGUGGAAAUGAAAAGAAGUAAUGUUUUCAUCAGUGUUCAAAUCAAAUGCUUUUUGAUGAAUUGAACUGCCAACAGAUGGCACCCCAGUGUUUUUAAUCUGUAUUUUUUUUUAAAGGUCGAGCGCACUGUGCCUGAAGUCAUUUAUUGGUGAUGUAACUGAUUCCUCUGUGUCACGCUCAGUCAGUGCAUCCUCCCCUGUCCCCGAGAACAGAUCUCCAUGUUCUUGCACUUCUUCUCCAAUUCCCUGUGAAUACGUGUGAGACACGAAAGCCAAAUGGUACCAUUCUGAAGCUGUGAGUUUGUUUUCAGUUUGAAGAGACUGUGAAUCAUGUAAACUUUCUGAAAAUGUUACGUCUAAAAUGUCGAAUACACGUACGUGACAUUCUUUAGAAUUUCUCAUUCAUUGACUUUAUGCAACGUGUUCACCUCACUCAUUAUGGACAUCAAUCUCACUGUUUGAGUAAGGGCAGUUUAUUCAAAAUGAAGAGUGAAAAGGCAAAUAAAUCUAAUAAAACAUC